UAGCAGCUUGGUUCCAGUCCAUCAGUCUCUUUUCCAAACCCAUGCCGACAUUUUGACAGAGUUUCAAGAAGGUCUGUCUAAGAAACAUAAUAACUAUGAAGGAAAAUGAGGGUCUUCUAAUGUUUGUAGCCUUUGUAAUGCUACUACUGUGGGGAGGCUGGGCAGAAGGCACUACACAUGACCAUAUUACUCGUCGACCAUAUCCUGUUCCUUUGAAUGGAUGUCCAGCACACCCAACCUCUCCAACCUACUGCUCUUUUGUCAGCAGGGGAGAUCUCAAUUCUACUGUUGAAGACUUAUGCCAAUUUUCUAUGCCACAAUAUGCCUGCGGCUUUGUAGAAAAGGUUUCCAAUCUGACCUCAAAAAAACUGGUCUCCAUUCUCAUGUGCUCUCUGAGGGACCCUGCCACCCAGCCUGAUCAAGAGGCUUUCUUGCUGCUUUUUGAAAGAGUCAAGCUCAGCACUUUGCAGGAUGCUCUGAAUCAGAUCAGCAUGGAGAUCUCCAGAGACCAGAUGUUACCAACUUUCAAAAGAUUCUUGCUGAAUGCAGCAUGGGAAAAAAUUAAGACAGAUCCUUUAGUAUGGAGUGCUGGCUUCCUCUCCUCUUGGUUCCAAGAGACGAUGCAUUCUUACUUGACAGAUGUGAACACCAACAUCUUAGACUGCAUGACUCAAAUUCCGAUCAGCUGUGAUGGCUUCAGAACAAUUGUCCAGGCCUUAGACAGUGUGUACCCUGACAUGGAUAACAGCACAAGACAGUUGGUGGCCAGCUGGAUUGGAAGAUUCCUUACUGUAUUCCGGUGCCAGAAAAGAUCACAUAAAGAAUGGAUACAAAACAAUUGGAAGAGCUUUCAAAAUUAUGCCUCCUAUAAUGACUUCACAAAGAUCUGGAGUGGUUUUGAUGGGUUUGCUGCUCUCGAUGUCCUUACUGCUUCCCAGCUGUCCCAACUGAUUGUCACUCAUGAGGUCCUUGCCAACUUCACCCUAAUGGAACCUGUUGCCAAAGCCCUCAGCAGCCAGGAUGUCCUUUAUAUAGAGGGCUUCCUGGAUGAGUUGUCCAGAUCACCACUUGACCUCCUGCUUGACCAAAAAGCUGCGUCUCUUGCCCUGGAGACCAUUCUGACCAAGAUCAACCACAGCUUUCCUGAUCUUUGCUCACCCUCCCUGAAAGACCUGUUCCAAAUCAAACUUGUGCGCUUGCUGCCCUUUCUUGAUACCAAGAUAAUGAUGCUGUUUCCAACUCAGAUAGGCUGUGUGGACUUCCAUGAUAUGUAAGUUUGUUCAGGUUUGGAAUGAGGU